GCGACCGCGGCAGCGGCAGGGACGACAGCAUGGGCGGUCCGCGGGCCUGGACACUGCUCUGCCUCGGGCUCCUGCUCCCGGGAGGCGGCGCCGCGUGGAGCGUCCCGGGCGCCCGGUUCUCGGGUCGCAGAAACUGGUGCUCCUACGUGGUGACCCGCACUGUCUCGUGCCAUGUACAGAAUGGCACCUACCUCCAGCGAGUGCUGCAGAACUGCCCGUGGCCCAUGGGCUGCCCUGGGAGCAGCUACAGGACGGUGGUGAGGCCCACAUACAAAGUGAUGUACAAGAUAGUGACCGCCCGCGAAUGGAGGUGCUGCCCUGGACAUUCAGGGGUGACCUGUGAGGAAGGCUCUCCUGGCCUCCUGGAGCCUACAUGGUCAGGCAGCAACAUGCGACGGAUGGCAGUACGGCCUACAGCGUUCUCAGGUUGUCUCAACUGCAGCAAAGUGUCUGAGCUGACCGAGAGACUGAAGGUGCUGGAGGCCAAGGUAGCUGUUCUGAGUGUCACAGAGCGGACAGUGUCCUCAAUCCCAGCUACCCCUAAGGACUCUGCCCUGCUUUGGGGUUCCCCACCUGCCCAGGGCAGCCCUGGAGAUGGAGACCUGCAGGACAGAGUUGAUCCUUGGGAGCUGCCUGGGCCCACUGGCCCCAAGGGAGACAGUGACAGUCAGGACCCAGUGAGGAUGAGAGGCCCACCAGGUCCACAGGGACCCCCAGGGCGCCCUGGCCAGACAGGAGCUGCCGGCAUCCCUGGAGAGAUGGGCCCUCCAGGACCUCCAGGACCUCCUGGGCCCCCAGGCCCCCCAGCCCCUGUUGGACCACCCCAUGCCCAUAUCUCCCUGAAUGGAGAUCCAUUACUGUCUAACACCUUCACUGAGACUGGCAGCCACUGGCCCCAAGGACCCACUGGACCCCCAGGCCCUCCAGGCCCCCCAGGGCCCAUGGGUCCCCCCGGACUUCCUGGCCCCACGGGUGCCCCUGGGAGUCCUGGACACAUGGGAACCCCGGGCUCUUCUGGACCCAAAGGACCCUCUGGCCACCCAGGAGAGAAAGGCGAGAGAGGACUGCCUGGGGAACCUGGCCCCCAAGGGUUAAUGGGGUUGCCGGGAGAACCUGGCCCCAAAGGAGACCCUGGUGAGAAGAGUCACUGGGCUCCUAGCUUACAGAGCUUCCUGCAGCAGCAGGCCCAGCUGGAGCUCCUGGCCAGACGGGUCACCCUGCUGGAAGCCAUCAUCUGGCCAGAACCAGAGCUGGGAUCCGGGGUAGGCCCUGAUGGCACGGGUCCCCCCAGCCUCCUUCGAGGCAAGAGGGGAGGACACCCAACCAACUACCAGAUCGUGACCCCCAGGAGACACGACAGGAGGAGCUGAGGAUGGUGGUGGCUUUUCAGGGUUCCACACCAGGCUUCCUCCCCUAGCCUGGACUUGGCCAGCUGCCUCCAGAGACUGCCAGUUCCUAUUUAUUAAUAUCCUCAGGGACCCCUGUGCCAUCUUGGCCUUAGGGAUAGGCAGGCAGGUCUCAGUGAUGUCAGCCUGUACAUGACAGACUAAGCAGGGACUGGGCCCUGAGAGGAAGCCUACUCAAGAAGUCAGGCCUAUUUCCCCCCUGUGAAAUGGGGUGAAAAGGGGAGUGGGUGGAGGUACAAAGCUUCCAGUCUUUUAAAGUAGGGACCUGGGACUGCCUGGCUCUGUAGACAUGUAUGGAUCAAGGCAGAAGUCUCAGUCCCCCUCCUUAAGACCGUGGGGAGCCCUGUUUUUUGGUGCUGAGUUCCCACCUGAGUCCAGGCUGCUCAAUCCCCGACUGAAUGGUUGGUGCUCCCUAAGUCAGUUCUACCCAACCCCAUUCCCCAGUUUUCCAUGUGGGGAUGGGAUGUAUAGAAAGGACUCCCACUCCAAGUAUCUGCUGCAGUUGCCAUGGAUUGCUAUGUACGGGACAAUAAAUGCCCCUGCCUGACCCUA